CAGACGUCAGAAGGGAGUCUUCGCCUCGAGUCAAAACAAAACAAAACAAAACAAGUCAAAAAGAUCCCGAAGGAGUGGAUAUUUGGACAGCCACAACGACAAGAAGUUAUACAAAAGUCAUCCCUGAAUUAAAACAGCUACUUGGACGAAGUUUUUGGAGACAUUUCACGGACUUUUUCACGGAUUGUAAACUCUGGAGUAGCAGGAGCUUAACCAGCUAACGUUACGGUGGCUAUCGUGCUGUUUUCAAAGUGCGGCGAGUGGGAGCCGACAGACCUCCGAGACGACCCAACUUCACCCAACACCCGGGAAUUCGCUUUGUAGUUCGUUUACGAGACCGCGGGGCGGAGGUCGGCUGAGCUCCGGGCCUCGUCAGAGAGGCUUUUAUAACCGCUUCUUCGAGCAUCGUGUGCCGCGGCAGGAGUGUGGAGAAACAUGGCAGAUGGUGACAUGCGCCUGGCCGCAAUGUGGCGGAUCGUGCAGACCUGAAGCACGGACUUUUUUCACAUACAUUUCUCUCAUCGUCGCCCUUUUUUUCUUACUUUAACACUAUUUAACCGCUACCCAGACCCGCUCUCUCUUUCCUCUUCCUUCGUGUGAGAUUUCGGUGGUUGUUUAGUUCCAGCGGCUUUUACAUACAGGCCAACGAGACGGCGUCCAGCGUCUCACUACGGUUUUUUUUACACUUUUCUGGCACUUGGCGAACAAACCCGUUGCUUGGACAAUCAGCCGCUGUACGUUUUUACACGUUGCUUUGACUUAACCGGCCCGAUUUGUCACUGUUUGGGGAUCAUUUGAAGACUUGAUUUAAAAAAGUUUGGGUCGGGGUUUUGUGGCUUGUGGUGCGCCCAGACAUCACGUUGUUUACAAGUGGAGACGGACAGGGGCUCUCCUGAGAAGCUCCUUUUGUAACAGUAGCCGGCUAAUCCUUGUUUGUAGUCGGCAUAGUUUUACAGCACGAAAUAUCCCGAGGUUGAAUGUUUUACAUAAUGAAUUAUGUACAAUUCGACUAAUUUGGUACGAAAUAAUCCGUUAUUUUGAUUUAUUCUUGCAAUAUUUCAUUUUUUACAUCUUGAAAAGCAGUUAAAAGUGUGUCUGUACAACAUUUAAUCUUUGACAAAUAUUUAAAUUGAGUGUUUAAUGACGGGAAUGGCGUCAUUUUAUACCCAUCUACCUUUAAGAUUGUGUCAUUCAUUUUCAGGGGAGCCCAAACCUGUGUAGAUCCAGAUGUUUUGGUGCUUAUUGCCACUUUUGUUUUUAUUUCAUUCAAACAAAGGGACGCUCAUCCCAGCCCUCCUUCAUUCUAUAUAAAUCGGAAGGUUUAUGAUAGUUACUAUUAAGGAGAUUAUUUGGGUUCCCUAAUCUCCAAUCUGAGGAUUAACCGAGGCUAUUGGUGUGUCCAGAUUAUUACGUCUCUUUGCUCGGCCCCUGUGUUUACACCCCCGCAGCGGGUGAAGCAUAUUGUUUUUGUGUCAGGAAGUUUUAUUUUAACGCAUCAUCCGCUCAGAGUUGUCUUUAAAUUUUUAUAGGUAGAUGUUUUAAGUGGUCCCAUCUUUUUUUUUGGCUGAGCGGAAAAUCACAGGACCACCAUGGAGGAGUCGUCGAUGCCCCCAAUUGACCCAGAUUUCGAGCCGCAGAGCAGACCCCGCUCCUGCACGUGGCCCCUGCCGAGACCCGACAUCGCGGCUGUCAAACCGGAGGGCGCGGAUGGCACCGAGUCCGCCGCCGGGACCCCGCCCGCCGACGAGGACAAGCCCGAGCCGCAGCAAAUCACGUCCGAGCCCGAGAAGGCUACGGCGGCGGCCGAGGGCGGGGUCGUGGCCGGCGUGGGUGGAGCCGGCGCGACGCCCCGCAAAGGAUCAUCCAGGCGCAACGCGUGGGGGAACCAGAGCUACGCUGAUCUGAUUAGCCAGGCCAUCGAGAAUUCACCUGAGAAAAGGCUGACCCUGGCGCAGAUCUAUGAAUGGAUGGUGAAGACGGUGCCUUACUUCAGAGACAAAGGAGACAGCAACAGCUCAGCUGGCUGGAAGAAUUCAAUUCGCCACAAUUUAUCACUCCACAACAAGUUCUUGAGGGUACACAAUGAAUCGACAGGCAAGAGCUCCUGGUGGAUGCUCAACCCAGAGGGAGGGAAGACUGGGAAAGCUCCUCGCCGCCGGGCCGCCUCCAUGGACAACAGCAGCAAACUGCUGAAGAGCCGUAUGAGAGCCAAGCAGACCAAGAAGCAGGCGGGAGCAGCUGGCCUGGGGGGCGCUGGAGGGGCUCUGCAGGGUGAUGGUAACGCAGGUUCAGCGGGCGCCGACAGCCCUAACUCGUCCCAGCAGUUUCCCAAAUGGGGGGUUAACAGCAGCAGCCCCUCUUCCCGCGGCAGCCUGGAUGACACUGACAUGUGGACCACCUUCCGCCCACGCACAAGCUCCAAUGCCAGCACCCUGAGCGGUCGUCUGUCCCCCAUCGCGCCCGGACAGGAGGACGAUGAUAACCUGCCCGAGGACUCGCUGCUGGGGAGAUACGCCUCCAGCAGCUUGACCCCAACCCUCACCGAGACCCUCAUGGAGGAGCUGGAUCUGAUCGAUGGCCUCACCUUGAUGACUGGGCAGCAGGGAGGGGCUAGUCCCAGUACAGCUCCACCAGCACCUCCCACUCCGCUACCCUCCGCUUCCACCCUGCUGCCCCGUGGCUCCAGCUUCUCCUCCUUCCAUCAGCUGCAGCCAUCCAGCCUCCCACAGGCCUCCGCUCACACUGGCACCCAGGCCUCCAUCUCUCAGUGUGGCCCCAGCAACAAAGAGCCGUCAACCUUCAGCAACUCCCUCUUCAACCCCAUGUCCAGCUCUGGUUCUCGUGGGAGCGGCCAUUACAGCACUCACGUGCCUUCCAGCCUGGAGGCGCUACUCACCUCCGACUCCCCUCCUCCCAGUGAUGUCAUGAUGACCCAGGUGGAUCCCAUUAUGCCCAGUCCUGGAGGCGUGGGCCUGAUGGGCCUGGGUACACCUGUGGUGGGUGUGAGGUCCAAACCCAAGCAGCUGCUGUUGGGUAAGGGACUGGAGCCAAACACGGUGGCCCCCAUGGCACUGCAGGCUCAGAUGCAGCCGCAGCAGCACCACCUUCACCACCAGCAGCAGCAGCCGCACCAGCAGCAACAACAGCCACAACAACAACACCAGCAUCACUCUCAGAUGGGAUUGGGGAUGAUCCUCUCAGGUAUGUCUCAGGACCCAUCUCAGCUCUCUGCUCUCAAAGCCCAGCAUGCCACGGUGCCAGCCGUGGGCUCUCACCACGGAGGGCCCGUCGCCUCAGCCAAUCCCGGCGUGAGUCUGCAGGGGAUGAGUCAGUUCGGAGCUCCGUCCUGCUUCCCGACCGGUCAGGACCGACUGCCCACAGACUUGGACAUAGACAUGUUCACCGAAAACCUGGAUUGUGACGUGGACUACAUCAUCAACAGUGACCUCAUGGACGGAGAUGGCAUUGAUUUCAACUUUGACCCCAUACUGCCUGGAGGCCAAGGCUACGCAGGCCCCACCACCACACAGGGCUCGGCUCACAGCUGGGUGCCCAGCUAAUUCCUCAGCUGACCACACAAAGUUAGCCAGGAGCUGAUCUCCAAUCAAGAUAACCUCACAAAACGACAACACGACCGGUGCAUUCCUCCUCCCUGCUGGCUGGAGAUACUAUUUUCACAUACGAUGGUUCUCUUGGACUUGAAAACCAGACCUCACCCAUGUCAUGUGCCAAGACAUGCAGAGGACAGGGAGGAGAUUCAGGCUACUAUGCACAAUUUUUCUCCCUUUUUAAUUUUUUUUUUCUUUAAAUAACACUUGCAACAAUUUGGCUGCUAGCCUUUUUUCUCUUUUAAUCCGAACUGAUGAUUUUUAAAGACACGUGACAUAAUGUUUUUAGAGUGAAGGGACAAAUCAUUAAUCUCCCCUCUGCUGGGACUUUAUAUUUCAGUUAUGUUACACCAGAAUAGCUUUAGGGUGGAUCCGGUACUUGACGGCUUUGGUAUUGAAGACUCAACGGACUGUGUGUUUUUGGAGAAAUGGCCAGUUUCCCAUUGACACCUGCCUAGCAUGAACUGCCAGACCAAAUGCUGUUUGAUCGUCUGAAUGAGGUGCACCUUCUCCACUGCGCCAUUAAAAGGUUUCCAUCGCAGGAGUCGGUGAAAGCCGACCGUGUUGAGACCAGGUGGAAGAUAAAGACUGGAUGACUGGAGGUAUAACAUGCUUGAUUCAGCAUUGGCUACGCAUCUCGCCCAUUUGUGUACUUGGACUAUGAGCACAUGUACGAUUCAGAUUUCUCACUUCAGAGAAAAAAAGAUAAUGAAAUUGGUUAGGAGGGGAUGUAUUUGCAGUUUGGCAUUUUGGGUGUUAAGGUAGAUGUCAGUUAGAGGGUGUUUUUUUUUUGUUGUUUUGUUUUUUUAGAUCCCUGAUGUGCAGUUAAACUAACAAAAUGAAGAAAUGUGAUUUGUGAAUUUAUACACAGGGCAUUCAAGGGUAAAUUUAUUUGCCAACAAGUGAUUGGUUGGCCAAGUAUUAUAUUGUCUCACACAGCAGUAUGCCUCCACUGUCAAAUGAUCUACCUGAUUAUUCUUUUCAUCGAGCCUGUGCAUUUUCAAAGCACUUAGGUUUCCUGCAUCACAGGGACCCCAAACUAGGAGAAUAUAAAAACAUUAGGUUAUACCAUUUCAUUAAAGUUUAAAGAGUUUAAAUCCUGUAAAAGAAAAGAAAAAACAUUCAAUGUACACGUUGCACAUGUACAUUAUGACACACUAUGCAGAUUUAUCAGAAAAACUAGAUGAAAUCUUGAAGGAAAUUAGAUAAAUCACUUCUUGAAGGGUUUUGCUAUUUAACAUUUUCCUGAUAUCUUGUUGGGAGGGGGGUUGAGGGGGACAUGGGUAUCAGAAUAUCCUCUCACACUUAAUUAUUCAGUACUUCAAUUAUUCAGUUCAAGAAAUUAAUUCACUGUGUGAGAAGUACAAAAAAAGAAUAUAUUUGAUUAUAGUUUUAAUAUACAAUUAUGAUGGAGGUAAUAAAUGAGAUAUUAAUACAUAUGAAUAUAUUACUAAUGACAAGUGAUGUUUUUUUUACAUUGGAAGAAGCAUUUUCAGAUCAUUUCUAACGGUAAUUUUCUAUACUUUUAUUUUUGUAAAGGAUGAGAUGCAUGUAGAUUUUUUUACGUAACCAAAGGAACACUAAUAUUUGCAUUUGCAUGGCAUUUAGGGAGCGCUUGGGCCUGACACAGUAUCUCGGUGUACAUACGCUUUGCAAAAGAUGCCUGCAACAUGAAAUCUGAUUUUGAAAGACGAGUGAGGCAAAGUGCAUUGAUACUUGACCGUUUGAACUAAAACUUCCCAAUGAUCUGCCUCAUUGUUUGCCGCAUUAAUCGUGAAUCCAAGUAAAACACGUAUGCUGAAAUGUGGCACGGCGAAAAGAAAAACCUUCAUCGCCCCACUUUUCAACAUGGCACCGAAUUCUCAUCUCAAAACGAGACAAGUACAACCGUUACCUCUCAGGGUCGCUCGGAAGUAAAACAACAAAAUCAAUUGUGCACAGAUGAAAUCAGAUCACAUGACAAUAGCAAAAAAAAAAAAAAAAAGAUAUUUAUUCUACACACUUUCUC